UAUUCCGUCUCGCCUGCGAGCACGUGUUGCGCACGAUGCGUCGUGGCCGCGAAACCCUGUUGACGUUGUUGGAAGCGUUCGUGUACGACCCGCUGGUCGAAUGGGGCGGCAGCAGCGGAGGGAAGCGACGCCGCACGCAGAGAGACGUUAAAUCGGCUUUGGACAUGAUGGCGGUGAGAGCACAAGAAUUGCAACAUAGUCUGGCCCAAGUCACAGAACAAUUUCUGGCCAUCUUGCCUGGUAUCAUUGAAAGUGCUGACAAGUGGCAAAAAGAACAUGAAGAACUGGUUGAAGUCGAGGCGAGACUCCAAGAUUGCCACCAACAAAUGGCACUAAUCAAAGAAAUAGAAGCAUAUGGACCUAAUCUGAACAACCAUCCAUUACACGCAAUCUCGCAAAAGUACUCUUCAUACAAACAAGCUAAGAAUGCUGUUGAAGAUUCCAAAAAAGCGUUAGUCAAAAUACUGAAUGAUUUUGACGCACAGAUCGAAAGUUUCUCAGCGACUUCUGAACUUCUUAAUGGUCCGCAAUUGAUGGCUUGGGUACAAGAAUUUUCCGCUCCAAACGAAGAAGAAGACACGCCGAUCUUUGAACACAUAAAAGAUUUUCUAACAAAUGCAGGUCAAAGCUCCAUGAUCACUCAAUGCGAACAAGCCGAAAAAGAAUUUUAUCAAUCUUUAAAACAGACCCAGUGCAUCAUUAGGGCUUGUCUGGAACUUUUGUCACAAUACGUAGCUGUCUCUCAAUAUUUCCCACAGAGUCAAACGGAAUACCAUCGCAUAGUUAUGUUCCGGAAGUUCCUUGCUGCUGCUCUAGACAGCAAAUCGCCCGAGGUUUGCCGAGAGGUUGCCAGUCAAGUCAACGCCAUCAUCAAUGCGGAGAACAACAAAGGCGAUCCGCAACAAAUUAUUGCUUAUAAUUAUCGCUUGGAAACCAUCAGUGCUAAAGCGAACGCAAACUUGGCUAAGUGUGUUGAGAAGUUGCAACUAGAAGGUGGACCAGAAGCCAUGGCUGUUGCUCAAGAAGCUUACAGAGAGGCAAAGGCGAGCAUCGGCAACUGGGUCAGGUCUGAAGAAGGAGCCGCAACCGCUUUAGAAUGUGCUGUUAUCAGCAUGCUGUGUCAUUUAAAUCGAAGAUAUCUGAUGCUUGAGAGCGGUGCCCAAAGUGCUGGUGAUUGUCUCGUGGACUUAACGUCGAGAGAAGGAGAGUGGUUCCUAGAUGAUAUGAGCGCUUUGUCGACCCAAGCUGUGGAGCUUUUAUCGCUGCUGCCGUUGCAGUCUGCUUCAGUAGAAGACGCUGCUUUACCAGUAGCAGUGGAGUGUGUUCGGAAUGUGAAUUACCUGCUAGCUGAUUUGGUCCAACUAAAUUACAAUUUCAGCACGAUCAUACUUCCUGAAGCGUUAAAGAAGAUACAUUCUGAAGAACCGUCUGUCCUACUAAUGAUAAAUGAACUGAAUGUGGUCAUAAUGAAUUCUACUGUGCCUUUGAACGAGUUAUUGGCCCAGCUUGAAGUGCAUCUUAGAUACUUGGUCAUGGAUAUGGAGUACAUUGUUUUGCAGUCUCCAGCAAGCAGCGCUCAAGUUGUAGCGGCAGAACUGCGUGCUCGUUAUGAAGCACUGCUUUCUGCCCCGACUUCUGAUGUGGAGGGACAGUCUUCAGGACGAAUGCUCCUUAUGGGUUUCAACGGACUAUUCGCUGCUGUAGAAUUGAGAGGAAGAGAACUGGCCGACCACUUGGCAAUACCUAUACCUCCGGCUUGGAGGAAGAUUGAUCAUAUCAGCGAAUCUAUGCACAUGUCUGCGACUCUCCAAAGCCCCGUGAUGCGGUCGGUCUUGGAGGACAUAUUCCUGGUGCGCCGCAUCCAGACCAUCGCGGAAGUGUUCGCCAUGUGCACGCAGAUGGCGUGCGCCUUCAAGGGCACCGGACCUUUGAGUGUUUAUGAUGACGCAGCGCUCUGCAAGCCCGUCAAACGCUUCACAGCGGAGUACGUAUCGCGCUGUACGCUGGGCGUGGGCUCACGAGCUCUGGCGGCCGCGCUCUGUCUCCUGCUGCAUCGGCACGGAGUCGACAUUGCUGCCGAAGUGGAACAGAAGGAAAUUGGUGCGUCGUGGAGCGUGUCGCUGGAGUCGUUGUGCGAGAAGGCGGUGGGCGGGGAGCGCGGGGCGGCGCUCGUGCGCGACGUACAGGCCGCUCGUGCCGCGCUCUGUGCCGCCGCCGCCGUGCUGCGCGCGCACGCACGGGCGCUCACCACCUCGCACCACGCGGCCCGCGCGCACCUCGCGCACCUGCAUCUGCACCACGAGACCGUCGGCGGGCACCGCGACCUGUGCGCGCUGCUGGCGCGGCGCUCGCGGGAGUUGUCCGCGGGCCUCGAGCGGCUCACCGCCGCCGCCGCCAAGAUGAAGUCUCUGCUAAACUCGGCUCACCAGAGAGUAAAAUGGGGCGCCGGCGCCAACCCGUCGCUGUCGAGCAUCGUGUCGCGGCUGGAGCAGGCCGGCGCCGCCGCAGACACGCGGGCUGCGCGAGCCCUAUCCGCCGCCGCCGCGCUCACCGCGCCCGCCCGCUGCGCCGCUCGCGCCCGCCUGCGACCGCCGCGACACGCGCGCACCCUCGCCGCCGCCCUGCACCACUGGGAGAAGGCGUGCACCCUAGCGCAGAAGUACGCCCUGGAUGUGUCGCCGGUGGAAGAAGCCCUCAUGGAGAUGUUGCACCCUGAAGGGAAUAUAGAUACACAAUGGGUCGAGAACGUCUCGGCGCUGCUCCGCGAGAUGAUAGCGCAGCUGGUGGCAGAUGUUGCCGCCCGCCAGGAGCGCGCGGCGAGCGCGGGUGCCAGCGUGCGGGAGAGCGUGCGGGGUGCGGGCGCGGCGGGCGCGGCCUGGCGUGACGUCACGGCCGCCGCGGCGCCGCAUCUGCUGGUGCUGCAGCCGGCGCUGCAGGGCAACAACCCCGCGCAGGAGUACCUGAGUAUGGAGCGCGAGCUGUCGCGCGAGCUGGCGGCGCUGACGGCGGGUGCGGCGGGGAGCGGCGCGGCGGGGGGUGCGGCGGGGGGCGCGGCGGCGGGCGACGUGUCCCGCGGCGCGCGGCGCGUGCGCGAGCUGCUGCCGGCGCUGGCGCACACGCUACUGCAUGUCCACGAGAACUGGCCGACGGAGCAGGGCGGCCGCAAGCUGACGAGACAGGCCGCCGUCACCUCCAACAACAAACACGCGUGCGAGAGCGCGGUGGGCGCCAGCGUGUGGCGCCGGGUGCGGCUCAAGCUGGAGGGGAGGCCGCAGCCGCACGAGCUGGUGGACCACCUGAUAUCUGAGGCCACCAGCGCGGAAAACCUGUGCCUGAUGUACGAAGGCUGGAUGGCCUGGGUGUGAUCCGCAGACGACUGGCUCUCGCACUGAGCACACUCCUGGUCCCGCUCCUGGGCGCGCCCCCCCGCCCGCAGUGGGGGGCGCAGGGGGGCGCCUGGCGACCUAGCCUUCAAUCAUUACUUGUACUCGGACGGCUCCGGACGGCCGCGAGCCGACUCGCGACUAAUGGAAAUAAACAAAACGUUCGACGUCGGGUCGAUGAUACGGCCGAUGUCGUCACUCGGAGAAUGACAAGCGCCGGACGCGCUGCGGACCCCGGGCCCUCGUGCCGCACGGGACUCGGGCCCGGCACGGUCUUGGGAUAUCGACUUCACAUAUGCGAACUUUCUUCAGUAAUAUUAAAUAUACACGCAAACGUAACCUGGCGCAUGACGUCAUAUGUGGGUGCACAAAGCGUCGAAAUACUUACGUCGACGUCACUCGCCGACCCCGCCAGCCGCCGCCGAGUUUCUUGCUGGUUCUUCUCGGCGAGCCUCGUUCCGAACCAGCGGUAGUGUCCUCGCGUCUGCGGCCUGUUCGAUCGUCGAGCUCAAUUAAACAAAAAGCUUAAAGUUCGUAAAGUAGGAGCAGGCCGCAUCGUCUACCAUUACUCGUGUAGGUAUCAUUAGUGUAGUCCAGCUCAGUCCCGGUCCCCCGAGCGCGUCGCUACAGUAGUUGUUCAAUACAAUCCGUAUCCAUCGGGGAACGGGUCUAAGUGUAGUAUAUGUUAUAAUACGUUAUCACAAUAUGUAUGGCUUGCUGUCCUCCCUCCAGCGGGGGCGCGUAAUGUUUGUGAUGACGAAUGCAUUUCUAACGUCCAGCCCCUAAUACUGUGCCCGUAAUGUUCCUUUGUUAACAUUUCUGAUUCCUAGUGAGCUACGUUACGACCACAUCCCACAAACUUUACCACUUCACACAUAAAGUACAAUGCUGAUCUUAAAAUGUAACGGAAAACAAAUUCUGUGAUAAAAUGUUUAAUGUUAAUUUUCCGAAAAUCGAAUUAACACGAAACCUGUAAUUUCGAUCCAAUAGUCACGUAUUCUUAAUGCUGUUUUUUUUUAAUAAAGUUAUUUUUAUUUGGUUAAUUUAUUACUCUCGCAAUAAAAUCUAGCUGUGUACAAUAUGUCCGCUAACAACGUGCGCUGUGGAGUGUUCUCUCUCAUACAUGCUGUACAACCUCCAUUUCUUAUUGUAUUUGUGAUUGAUAUGGGAACUGAUAAGAUUAUUGGUAACUAUGUGAUAUCUACAAUCAGAAUGUAAUUUCAGUAACCCUUCUACUAAAACAUCACAAAUUUGUUUAUUUUCGGAAACAAUCUUUAAUGCUACUAUAACUGUCAAUGUUUUAAUAUUUCCAAAUGAUUCAAGAUUUAUAUUUUUUAAACAAAUUAUUUUUAUGAAAAGUUAGUCUAAAUGCAUUCGUCUGCUAUGUGAAUGAAUGUGUCGCUUAAUUAUAUAAUAUUAUUAAACGGUGUACG